CUCUCUCCUUCCUGCUUUCCAUGCCAACGUUCUCUAUACGGGUCUUUCGACCACCAUGUGGAUUUUCUGCAUCUUGAUGCUUUCAACUUCUUCAACUUCUUUUGCAGACCCAUUCUCAUAGUCUUGUGAUUCGUGUGAUUUCUUCCAGUCAGCCAGUCUUUCCUAUCUUUUCCCAUUGAUAUCAACAACCCCGCCCUUAUCUAUCUUGGGCGCCUAUUGAAGUCUCCUUGCUCCACACACCUUAUUGUUUCUCGUUGUCGAAUCUUUCAAUGCCAUCGUCUGCUGAGUCCAAUUCGAACUGGGAUUUCACUGCGGUGAUAAACCUUCUUCGCACGCCUACCUACGGCGGCGGCAGCUCAUAUGCACCUUAUCGCCACCGUGAUUCUCUCCCAGCUUCCCAGUCUACCGAGGUAGCAAAUCAGGAUGAUCCCACUUCAAAAAUCUCCCAGCAACCUCAACUGAGCUCGGGGGUUCGCUCUCCAAGGCUUGGUGAUUUUGGGUCACUGUGGGAUUACUUGGGUGAUGCCAGCAACCUGUCGUCCGAUACAGACAUUGAACCCCAAGCUCAAGGCCUGUCCCCAUCCUCGCCACCGAACCUUCCGAUCGAAAUACUUCAACGCCAUUCGUCCAGGAAGUCGGUAGUGAAGGACACCGACCAAGAACCUCCUCGGACACCCCCCAAACCCAUCCCUAGCUCUGGGAUUGCAAGAGCACGCAAAGUGCAAGCCAAGGUCAUUGCUGAAACAUGCAAGGCCAGCCCCAACAAUGCAUCAGCCAAAGCUACUCACGACCUGAGCUCAAGUGAGAGCAGCCAGGGUGCAGAUUCGGACGGCAGUUUGAGUGUCUUCGAUCCUCCCCUCACUACAAAAAAAGGAAUCCUUUCCUUGGUUCCUCCGCAAGUGGGUGCAGCGAGUACUUCUGUCGACCCAUACGAUACCCCACCAUCCUCAUACGAUGAGACGGUGGAGCCUUUGGCUUCGAAAGUUGCCAAGUGCCCGCCUAACCCCGACCCUUUGAGUAUCCAGUCUAUUACCUACAAGUCGGCCACGGAGCGGAGAAUUGGUCUCUUGACCAAACUGUUGAAAAACUUCCCGGAUUAUGCAAAUAUCGUUGCCCAGGCGAAUCGUCCUGUGGUCAGUAAGAAGGACAAGAAUCCAUGCCGUCCUAUCCACGUCUUCGUGGAUAUGUCUAAUAUUAUGGUUGGCUAUCACGAUACCAUGAAGCUGUCUCGGAAUAUCCCUGUGAAGACGCGCAUUCGGCGGUUGCCAUUGUCCUUCCAAAACUUUUCUUUGAUCCUAGAACGCGGGCGGCCCACUGCCAAGCGAGUCUUGGUUGGGUCUGACCGGUUUGCUGCCAUCCGUGAAGGUGAACAGCUUGGCUACGAAACCAACAUCCUUAAUCGUGUGCACAAGGUCAAGCACAUGACCGCCCGUCAGUUGAAGUUUCGAAAGAAUCUUCGGACGGGCUCCCACGACCCCGGUAGUGGUUCUGAAACGAACGAGGGACCGGAGGAGCGUUGGGUUGAGCAGGGUGUGGACGAAAUUCUACAUCUGAAGAUCUUGGAGAGUCUGCUUGAUACAGACGAACCUGCCACCAUUGUUCUUGCCACGGGCGACGCGGCGGAAGCCGAGUUCUCGGGUGGGUUCAUGAAAAUGGUGGAAAGAGCACUGCGACGCGGGUGGACGGUGGAGUUGGUCAGUUUUACUCCAGUUACUAGUUAUGCUUAUCGCCGGAAGGACUUUCGCGCGAAAUGGGGAGGUCAGUUCCGGAUUAUCGCGUUAGAUGACUACCUUGAGGAGCUCCUCGAUAUGUGAAUUCUGCAAUAAGGCCACGCACUGGCAUCCAGCUUUGAAGUUUUUAAUCCAUAAUAUUUGCG